AUGUCUUCGACAGAGCAGACAAUACACACGUACCACUGCAUAUGCACGCAGCUUGUAAUUGCCAGCACAUCGACUCUCGACAGCCUCAAGACACGAACUGCCGACUCGUCACUGAUCCUCCCUCUACCCGAUCUCUCAACAACCUCUACAACCACCCACUAUGCCUCGCUAGCCAAUACCGUCGCCGAUACCAAGCCCGUCAUUAUUCGUCUUGAGGAUGGAUUCGAGAAGCGCUACGCCCACAAGUGCAGUCGCUGCGAAGUGACGGUUGCCUACUCGCUUGACAGGAGCCAAUUCGAGGACACGAAGACUUCUUCUGGAGUCAAACAGGAUGUCGUAUACUUGAUCCCCGGAGGACUGCUUUCAACUGAAGACAUGAAGGCUGGCAAGGAUAUGGAUGCUGAAAUCACAAAGGUUGGCGUCAAGGCUGCUUGA